UUAGAAAUUGCAAAAGAAUAUGAACCUAAUGAUUAUAUGGAAAAUAUAAUAUUUCCUGGUUGUAAAUUGAAAUUAUUACGAACCGAGACGGCUUUGAAUGACUUGAAAAAAGAAAAUUAUGCAAGUAUCAUAGAAGCAGAAUCACAACAUUCUGAUCUUAUACCUGCGAAAUACGAAGGUGGUUUAAAAAUCUGGGAAUGCAGUUACGAUUUAGCACAUUAUUUAUUUGAGAACAACGUUGAUUUACAAAAUAAAUGUAUUUUGGAUUUGGGAUGCGGUACUGGUAUUGUUGGCCUCAUUGCUCUUCUAAAAAAUAGCAUCGUUCAUUUUCAAGACUACAAUGUAGAAGUGAUUAAGACCGUAACGAUUCCAAACGUGUUGUUAAAUAUCGAUGAUCGGAAAAGCAUCGUAAAGAGAUGUCAAUUCUUUUGCGGCGACUGGGAAUCGUUCACAAAAUUAAAUAAUUCGGACAAUGAGACUGAGUUGAUAAAGUACGAUAUAAUUUUUACAAGUGAAACCAUUUAUAAUCCCGAUAAUCAUAGAAAACUGUAUGAAGUUUUUAAACGAAAACUCAAACAAGAGGGUGUCGGAUUUAUUGCCGCUAAAACUUAUUAUUUCGGUGUUGGAGGAGGAAUGAGGCAAUUUCAGAAUCUCAUAGAGGAAGAUGAUAUCUUUAAUAUCGAAAUAGCAUGGAGAAGUAAAGAGGGCGUGCAAAGAGAAAUUCUAAAAAUUACAAGAAAGCAACAACCUUAACCAGAAUCGCAAUUUCUCAGCCACCUAUUAAACAAAUGUUGUAUUAUUUAUAUUUUAACAUAAAAUGUUUCGUCACGAUUA